AUAUAUUUAAAUUUAUGAAUUUUCCCAUUUUCCAGGUAUUUUCUUUCAAUACUCCAAAACAAAACCCGCACCAUGAAGAACUCGCAAACCCGAGCAGAGGGAGAAACGCAACUAUGAGAAUCAGAAAAGCGUAUUUUAUGCCCUCUAUGCAAUACACUCAACUUCCAAUAUUCACUGUGCUUGAUGCCAAACAUUCUGCCAAGACUUGUAAAUGGAACGUUGGAGUGGAGUUUUGAGAGUCCCACUGCAUCCUAACAGCAGGACAUUCCAUAGAGUUGGGGCAUCUCUCUGCCUUUCUCCUGAAACCAGAACUCUGCUUGUACCUAAAGCCAAUGCCAUCUUUUUCUGUGGGGAUCGAGUUGAAGGGACUGGUAACCCAGUGAUUGAGAGGCUAUCAAAUUUACAAAAACUAUCUGAAAUUAUUGUGUCCAAAUUCGGUUCAUUCACCAAUGCUUGGGUUAUUGAGGCUUCUGCUUUUAAUGGACCUUUCGCUGUCUAUAAAGACUUCAUACCAUCUGUGAAUCAAUAUGGAGAGCCAAGUUCAUACCAUCCAAAUGGAUUCCCAGCAUCUACAUCAACUGUCUCACUCUUAUCUAAUUGCCUUGAAGAAGCCAAAAAAGUCAUUUUAGGAACACAAGUAGAUACAAAGUCUGGCUUGAGUCCUUCGUGUUCUUUCUCUCGAUCCAAGACAUUCAUCCUUGGAUUUAGCAAAGGUGGAGCUGUACUUAACCAGAUAGUUACUGAGCUUGGAUUCUCAGAUAUUGGAUCCAAUGCGAAUUCACCUGAUGUGGGACAGCUUAUGGGCAGAAAGUUCGCCGGAUCUGAGGAGAUUUAUGUUGUACCUAAAACAAAGGAAGACUUGCUGAACAGCAUUAGUGAGAUUCAUUAUGUUGAUGUUGGUCUCAACUCUGCUGGGGCAUACUUAACUAACCAUGAUGUGUUUGAGAGAAUCUCCAAGAGGCUCAUGCAAGGAGCUUCUGAACUCCGUUUUAUCCUACAUGGAACUCCGAGACAAUGGAGUGACAAGCGGCGAGAUUGGAUACGAAACGAAAAGGACAAAAUGCUGCGUCUGCUUGAAUCUGAAGCCCCAAAGAGUGGGGGAAAAUUUAAAGUAUUAGAAAGGUUUUAUUUUACUGAUAAGCCUCCAAGCAUGCAGAUGCACUUUGAAAUUAUAGAAAGUUUAGAUGCAAGUUAGUAGUUCAUUCUUGAUAGGUCUACUGGAGUCUUUGCUAUAAAAGCUUUUGAGGGAUGGGGGGCUGAAGACCCUGCUAGCCCCCGCAUAAAUCCGUCCCUGAUCAUUAACCAGUCAAUAUUCUGCAAGAAUAUGUCAUAUCUGAGAAUUAUCAAAAGAAUAGUAAAAUUGGACCAUUGCAUCUUUUGUUAUCUCCUCCUACGUGUCAGACUAUCUAUGCCCAAAGAUGAUUGUAAUCAUUGAAGUGGUUAUCAUUGUAAUUAUAAUACUCCAAUUUAAAUCUUCUGUAGAUAAACAAUUGGUGAUCAAAGUAAAAACUCCUCUGCUAUGUGGUGUAUGAAAGACAAUGGAAUAUUUAAGACAAUGUGGCUUGCA